AAAUAAAUAAAAAAUAAAAUAUAUAUAUAUAUAUAUAUAUAUAUAUAUAUAUAUGCACUAUACUGCCAAAAGUACUGGGACAUCCUUCCAAAUCAUUGGAUUCAGGUGUUCAUGGCCUCAGGUGUAUACAAUCAAGCAUCUAGGAAUGCAGACUGCUUCUACAAACAUUUGUGAAAUAAUGGGUCGCUCUCAGGAACUCAGUGAGUGAAUUCAAGCAUGGUAUCAUGAUAGGUUGCCACCUGUGCAAUAGGUCCAUCUGUGAAAUUUUCUUGCUACUAAAUAUUUCACUGUCAACCGUUAGUGAUAUUAUAACAAAGUGGAAGCAACUGGGAACAACAGCAACUCAGCCACGAAGUGGUAGGCCACGUAAAAUGACAGCACAUGAAGUC